AUGGCGGCGUCGGGGGCUGGGCCGGGUCCGGGCCGCGGGCGCUGCGAGCGGCUGGGCGCGUCGGGGGCGCGGGCGGCGCUGUCGGGGGCGGAGGCGGUGCUGUUCGACUGCGACGGCGUGCUGUGGCGGGGCGAGGCGGCGGUGCCGGGGGCGGCGGAGGCGCUGCGGCUGCUGGAGGGCCCCGCGGCGCCGGGCGGCGGGAAGCGGCUGUGCUACGUCACCAACAACUCUUCGCGCACGCGCGCGGCCUACGCGGAGAAGCUGCGCCGCCUGGGCUUCCCGCCCGCCGCGCCGCGCCAGGUCUUCGGCUCGGCCUACUGCGCGGCGCGCUACCUGCGCGGGGCCCUGCCGCCGGGGGGCGCGGCCUACGUGCUGGGCGGCGCCGCGCUGAGCGCCGAGCUGGAGGCGGCGGGCGUGGCCCACCUGGGCGCCGGCCCCGCCCCGCCGCCCGACUCCGCCCACUUCGGCGCGCGCGCCCCCCUCGACCCCCACGUGCGCGCCGUCCUCGUGGGCUACGACGAGCACUUCAGCUACGGCAAGCUCUGCCUGGCCCUGCGCUACCUGCUCCGCGGCGGCGGCGGCGAAGACGGCGGCGGCUGCCUCCUGCUCGCCACCAACAGGGACCACCGCCUGCCCCUCGAGGGCGGCAGCGCCGUGCCCGGAACCGGCUGCCUUGUCAAAGCCGUGGAGACUGCGGCAGAGAGGGAGGCGUUCAUCAUCGGCAAGCCUGGCCGGUACAUGUUUGAGUGCGUGGCCAGCGAGUUCGACAUCGACCCUGCCCGCACCAUCAUGGUGGGCGACCGCCUGGACACAGACAUCCUCAUGGGGAACACCUGCGGCCUGACGACUCUGCUCACCCUCACGGGGGUCAGCACCCUGGAGGAAGCCCAGGGCCACUUGGAGAGCGGCUGCCCCGAGAGGAGGAAGCUGGUCCCCGACUACUACGUUGACAGCAUCGCUGACCUCCUUCCUGCUCUGAAAGCUUAG